CAAGACCCUUUCCUGAGCUCGCGGCCGGGGGAACGGCCUGACUAGCAAGAUGGAGGGCAGCCCGAACAAGAAGAAGAAGGUCAUGGACUUUCGGAAGACCUUCAAAGACGGACAGAAGUUCCUCACGCCCCCGGUGGCGGAUCCUACAAGGGCCUUCUACGAGUCACUGCUGGAGGAGAAGCCGGACAGCAUCAUCGCCAUCAGGUUCUGCGUGGAGUAUGGCGUGAAGCAGCUCGAUGACCACAAGAAGCUUCUCAGAAAAUACAGCAACCUCAAAGAGAAGGGCGCCUUCAACAUCCACGCCAAGAUCAAGCGGGCGUUGGAAAAGCGGCACAAGAUAGGUGCCCUUUCCAAGGAGAAGAAGGAAAAGAAGGAAAAGAAGGAGAAGAAGGAGAAGGAGAAGUCGACCUAGCGACAUCUAGCUACCUAGCAGUGAGCCUUCUGCGCUUGAGGCGCCGUGGAGGCUCCGAUUCAACGCGGAUUCGAAGAGGA